AUGCGCGCUGAAGGAAAAUGCGCGGGAACGGUUAUUCCCUUGUACGCGAGCGCGGAUAAUGAAAUAGGCGGGAACGGUUACGGCCGAGAGCCAAAACGAGGUCCAGAGAGAAAGCGGUUAUCCGAGAGAGAAAACGGUUACCGAGAGAUUUUCCUAGUUCCGAUCGAUAGCGACCGUAUCGAUCGUCUGAUCCGACCGAGAGCGCCUGUUCUGAUCGAUUGUCCGACCUUAGACAAAGAUCCAAGCGUUCGACGAUCCGUCCGAGAGCGUCCGAGCGACCGUUCUGUGACCGUACGAGCAUCCAUAGAUUCAGUGGUUGAUGAUUGCUUGUUAAUGUGUUUGAUUGCUUGUCGUACUGAUUUUGAUGGCUUGGUCGGAAUGGUCGGUCUAUUGGCGAGGGUUACUCGGCCGGGUUUGAUAGCCGACCGAACUGAGCCGACCUUAGGUGAUGGUCGGACUGACUGA